UAUUAUUAUUAUUAUUAUUAUUUGUUUUAGGAUCCUGCGGUGCCUGUCUCUUUUUCAUCCAAAUUUUAUAUCAUCUCAAAAAAUUGCAAUUGCCGGUGAAUAUUUGCGGAGACCUCCAACGACUCGUCACAGCUUUUUCUUCCUCUUCUUAGAUCCAAUCAGGUUCUUAUGGUUUCAAAGUAACCUCAGUAGUUGAAUUCAUUAACAUUGAAUGUGCCGAUUUUCAAGUCCGUUGGCUCCUUGAUUAUUAUGUGAAAAUUUGUCAUAAGUGCCCGUGAUUAGUGAUGUUCACUUGGUUCUAAUGAAAAUCUGGAAGUUUGUUUUUGGCGGAAAAGUUGUGUUUGUCACCAAUGGGUGUGAGCUACUUGGUGAUCUCAGCAUUCUCUACAGCUUUAAGCUUCGUAGGUCUUCAAUUUUGGACAGAAUUUUCACUCGAUAGACUUCAAACUGAUGGGUUAAUUAGUGAGAAUUUUAUUCAUACGGAAAAUGUCAACCGUGCACUUGAGCUUAUUUUGGGUUCUUAUGCCACUGUGGCUCUGCUGGCAAAUUUUCUGCUCAAUGUAUUUAUUCUACUCAUCCUUUCUCUAAAGACUGCGUUCUUUGGUGAGUUAUAUCCUUCAGAAACUCGGAAAUUAGUAGAACGUCUUAUCAACUAUGUUAUAUACAAGGGGAUCUUUCUACCAUUAGUUAUUCCACCAACGGUAUUCCAAGCAGGUCUUUGGUCAGUCUGGUUGAUUGUCAUAUGUUGUCUAAAGAUGUUUCAAGCUUUGGCCAGGGAUCGACUUGAGCGUUUGAAUGCGUCUCCUUCUGCUACAACAUGGGCAUACUUUCGUGUCUUUUUAGUGUUUCUCUUUAUCAUCUCUUUCAAUUUCUUCUGGAUAUGGCUGAGCUUUGUGUUGCACAAAACACUGAAUUCAUCUAUGUUUCUGCUGUUGUUUUUUGAGCCUCUCAGUAUUGCUUUUGAGACCAUGCAGGCUAUUUUGGUUCAUGGGUUUCAGCUGCUUGAAAUAUCACUCCCUUCCAUGGCGAACACUGCAGAUUGCCAAAGAGCAAAACUUUUUGAUUUAUCAGCUGCAGGUUCAUUUUGGGAAUGGAAAGUCAUUCUUAUUCGCAAUCUAGGUUUCUUCCUUGACUUGGCAACACUGUUAAUGGCACUUGGACAUUAUGUGCUUAUUUGGUGGCUCCAUGGCAUGGCAUUCCAUCUUGUGGAUGCAGUUCUUUUCUUGAAUAUACGUGCUUUGCUAAGUGCAAUUGUGAAGCGUAUAAAGGGAUUUAUUAAAUUGAGAAUGGCAUUAGGGGCUCUUCAUGCGGCACUUCCUGAUGCAACAUCUGAAGAGAUACGUGCUUAUGAUGAUGAAUGUGCCAUAUGUAGGGAACCUAUGGCCAAGGCUAAAAAGCUUCAUUGUAAUCACCUUUUUCAUCUUGCUUGCUUGAGGUCUUGGUUGGACCAACGCUUAAAUGAAGUUUACUCGUGUCCCACAUGUAGAAAGCCACUUUUCCUGGGCAGAACUGAAAAUGAGGUGAUUUCUCGCACAGGAGAAGCUUUAAGUGAUGAGCAGUUGGCUCGUCAGAUAAAUUCUGGACUUGAUCAGCAAAAUAUGCCUGGUCACACCCUACCUGCAGGAUUAUUCCCAAAUCAAAUGCAGAACCCAGUGGAAGGCAGACCUUGGAGGAGUGCAGGACUGGAUUCGGCAUGGUUGCAUUCUUGGCCAAACCAGAAUGUUGAUGGAGCUGGUCCUUCUACCGGUAUCAGAUCUGUUGGACUUGGGAGAGUUCAUAUGAUGAUGAGGCACCUUGCAUCUGUUGGAGAAACUUAUGCCCAGACUGCUCUUGAAGACACUGCUUGGAGCCUUUGGCCCAUGAAUCCAUCUCAGGCAGCUGCAUCUGCUUCAUCAGUUCCUCCAAAUGUUGGUGGGAGAUACCCUGGAAAUGGUGGUAGUUUACAUAUGAGGACUGCCUCACGUACAGUAGAUGACAACAUAGCAAAUAUACUUGCUAUGGCUGAGACUGUACGAGAGGUUUUGCCACAUGUCCCAGAUGAGAUGAUUUUUCAGGACUUACAGAGAACAAAUUCUGUUACUGUUACUGUGAACAAUCUUCUCCAAAUGUGAUGAUGAUGCACUGUGUUUCUUUGGACGCAUGCUUCCAAUUAAUGAACAGAUCCUUGGUCUUGUAUUGGGGAUAGGCAGAACACAGAUUUCCUCUUAUAUGAGAUUUAUUUUCCUACAAAGAUUCUGAUGGUUCGUUCUCUGUAUAUAUGCAAGUUUGUUCAAUCAGAUGUUAUAAUGGAAAAAGAUGAGGUGGAAAUUAUAAUAGUUUUUGUUGUUUUCCUGUGAAAAAUAAAGUUGCUACAUAUUGGUGGUCAUCGAUCGUGCUGGUGUUGGCACUUUGGUUUUGUUCCUGCUUUUGAAGAUGCAUAAAAGGAGAGAAAGGUGGCAAUGAUGCAGCUGGCCCUCCUCUUAAGUUGUAAAACUUUUUGUUGUAUUAUUAAUUUAUUAUUAUAUAACCAUCCACAAAUUUAAGAUAAC